AUGGCACGUCUCCCUUACCACUUGGCAUGGACUCCUCCCCGCCACCCGCUCGCUGGGUCCGCGGGUCGGCGCACCACAGCAUGGCCGCACGUGCCUGACGGCUGCUGGGCCUUCUGCACCCUCAUUCCCACUUGGACGCCCGCCUACCCUCCCGCCACUGCUAGUAGUUCUGCUGCUGCUGGUGCGGCUUCCCGUGCUGGGGGCGGUGUUGCUGCUGCUGGUGCUGCUGCUGCUGCUGCUGCUGCAACAGCAGCCGGAGGAGCCAGGCUUAGGAGUCCUGGAGGAGGGGCGAUAGGAGGGGCAGGGGGCAGCAGAGGGGGCAGCAGUGGCGAUCUCGGCGCAUCUUUUGUCUCCGCACUCUUCCCCAAGGCGUCUGAUCCGGCUCCUGUCGUGUUCUUCCACGUGUGUGUGGGGGUGCGGUCGCCUCGAGGCAUCACCUCUGUCACUCGUGUUCCCAGGAGAUUCUCGGACUUCAUCAAUCUCUACAGCAUGCUUCUCCGCUCCUUUGAUCGCCGUCGCCUGCCCGCCCCUCCUCCCAACCUGCCACUGCAAAGAUCUUCCACCGACAGCCACCGCCUGGAGCAGCGGUGCCGCGCCCUGGCCGUGUGGCUGCAGCAGCAGCGGCUGCAGUCACUGAGACGUCUCACACCCCACCCAUCUAGUUUUGAGACGUCUCAAAUCUCAAAACACUGUGACCUAUCGCCUGGAGCAGCGGCGCCGCGCUCUAGAUGCGUGGCUGCAGCAGCUGCAGUGCAUUCACGCCCUUCCUGUCUCCCUGGUUUCUCUCCGCCUUUCCCCAUGCAGCUGCUCCGCUCCUUUGACCGCCGUCGCCUGCCCGCCCCUCCUCCCAAGCUGCCACUGCAAAGAGUCUCCUCCGACAGCCACCGCCUGGAGCAGCGGCGCUGUGCUCUCGAUGUGUGGCUGCAGCAGCUGCUGGACGAUGUGGAGGUGUCCCGCUCUCGCCCCAUGGCAGCCUUCCUCGAGCUCGAAAGGGUCGCCCGAGCAGGUAAGGUGGUGUCUGAUCUGACUUUGGAUCAAGUCAGCAGCCACACCCCUGGCGUGUGGCUGCAGCAGCAGCUGCUGGACGAUGUGGAGGUGUCCCGCUCUCGCCCCUUGGCAGCGUUUCUCGAACUCGAGAGAGUUUCCCGAGCCGGGUUGCCCGAGCAGGUAAGGCGUUGGAUGGACUCAGCAGUGGCGACGUGCUCUAGAUGCGUGGCUGCAGCUGCUGCUGUAGCUGCAGCGACUGAGACGUCUCAUACCCCACCGCUUGGAGCAGUGGCGACGUGCUCUAGAUGCGUGGCUGCAGCUGCUGCUGGAGGAUGUGGAGGUCUCCUCCUGUGCUCGCCCCACUCCCCCGUCUGCUCUCCUUUUCCAGACUACCUUCAUUCUCCCUCUGCCUCUCACCCCUGCAGUUGCGGUGGCUGGCAGGCAGCAGACGAGGCAAUUUGCGGUGGCUGGCAGAAGACGAGGCAAUGUUCCAAGUACUCAAUAACCACCCUUUCCUCCCCACCUUGGGCACCCCCCGCCCGCCCACACCCCCCCUCCCCCCAUGCACCUGUUGCACUUUUCAUUUCAAUCGCUCCCCACCCCUCUCCCCCUGUUUCCCCUCUGCCUGUCACCCCUGCAGCUGCUUUGGCGGAGGAUGAGGCGGAGGAGGAGGGGGAGAGAGGGGAGGGGGGAGCAGAGGAGGACGAGAACGUUCUAGAAGCAUCAGGUAGGCGGAAGAGGGCAGUGGGUGCAUCUAUGGCGAAUACUGCAGGGAAAGGUGCAGCAGCAGCAGGAGGAUUAAGCGGAGGAAAAGGAGGAGGCGAGGGAGACUUUUCAGACGCCUCUUCUGUUGCCUCCUCUGCUGUCACCCCCUCCCCUCACCCCGCCUCCUCGCACCCUCUUGCCUCGUUUGAGGCACCUCUUGAGCCGCCUGCUGUUGAAAAGCCUCAGAAGUCGCCUUCCCUUCACCCGACCUCCUUGCAUCCACUUGCAACGUUUGAGGCAUCACCGUUGAGCCGAGAGGUUGACAGAGUGGGGGAUGGUGGUGGGAACACGCAGCUAGACGUGAACAGUGCAGAAGUGAACGUGAACAGGCAAGAGGUGGGAGAGGUGUUGGGGGGAGGGAGGGUGCAUGAAGGAGGGGGUGUUGUUGAUGGAGAGGGUUUGGGUGAUCGGACCAGUGGAGGAAGGGAAUUGGGUGAGGGGAGGAUGCCUGUAAAUGGCAGUGUGGAUGGUAGCAUGGAUGGGCAUGCAAUUGUGCUGCCACGUACCGUCAUUGAUGCUACCAACACUGCACACACCACCAUGCAUCCCAGUGACACCGCUGCACCGCACACCACCGCACAACACACCACCAACCAUCCUGGUGACACCACCGUACCGCACACCACCAUACAUCCUGGCGACGCAGAGCUCAUGGCGGAGCUGGUCCAAGGCGUUUCCGGGCAGGUGGCGCUGAGCCUGCCCGAGGAGAAGCGGGCAGCGGUGAAAAAUAUGCUGAUUGGGCUUCGAAGGCGCCUGGUAGCUGCCCAGACCGAUAUGAGCGAGCUAAUGGAACGAGUGGCGCAGGAGACUGCUGUGAAGGAGUUUCUCGCCAGCAAGGUGCGAGGACUGGAGGCUGAACUGGAUGCUGAACGCAGGAAGCUGCGAGCUGAAGUGGCGAGGGAGGUGCGGGAGGAACGGGAGGGACAGCUGGCGGCGCAGUGGCAGGCGGAGGAGGACAGGGCUGCUCUGGGUGAAGCAAGGGAGAGCGUGGCACAGCUGGAGAAAGAGAAGGCAGAGCUACAGCAGCAGCUACAGUCAGCAACGGAGGAGCACCAGAAGGCGCAACAAGACAAGGCUGCUGAGCUGGCAGCUGUGCGGGCGGCAGAGGCUCAGGCUCGGGCCGAAGCAAAGUUGCUGGCUCGGGAGGUGAAGGUGCUUCGGCAGGCCGUUGCCGAGGCUGAGAGGAAGAGGAAGGCAGCAGAGGAGCGAGCUGCUGAGCUGGAGGCCCAGGAGGAAGCACACGGUGCUGCCGUAUCAGCGUGGCAGGGCAAGGCAGAGCGAUUCCUUCACGAGUCGGCGCGAACAGCCAUGGCGGCGAUUACUCUAUCCCGCAAGGCGCUCAGCGGAGUCUUCUCGCGAUCCCACGCAGCCAUCCCAGCAACUGCCUCCUUGGCUCUGCACACGUCAUCACUGGUCGCUGACGCAAGCAUCCUUCGCAACGACACGUCACCACCAUCGCCAUCCACGUCACCCUUGUCGCCUCCACCAUGCCCCGCCCAAACCCCCCCUCACGCAUCACACCAAACCUAUCCCCGAACCUCCUUCCAAGCCGCUGCCACAGGCUCGUCACCCCCUUCGCCAUCCUCGUUAUUGCAUCACCAUCAGCAACCGCUGCUGCAGUUUCUAACCAGAGGAGGAAGAGGAGGAGAAGGGAGGAUUGAAGGGGCUCCUACAGCUUUUACUGGCGCAUUCGGAUCAAGCGGUGCUAGGGGGUACAGCUCGGUGGAUAUCCAUGGCACCACGGUGCUGUGCGUGCGGAAAGGGAACUCAGUGGUGAUUGCAGCAGACGGGCAGGUGACCAUGGGGGCACAGAUCUUAAAGCCCAACGUGCGCAAGGUGCGACGGCUGGGGGAGAAGAAAUCUGUCAUUGCUGGCUUCGCAGGCACCACAGCAGAUGCAUUUACUCUCUUCGACCGCUUCGAGUCUCGGAUUGACGAAUAUCCAGGCCAACUCACGCGAGCAGCAGUAGAAUUGGCAAAAGCAUGGCGAACCGACAAGUACCUGCGGAAGCUGGAUGCCAUGCUAGUAGUGGCAGACGCCAAGGUGUCUCUCACCAUAACGGGCAAUGGAGACGUGCUGGAGACACAUGAUGGGAUCAUCGGCAUCGGUUCCGGAGGGCCCUAUGCAUUGGCGGCAGCACGAGCAUUGGCAGACAUCCCUGACUUGAGUGCUGAAGCCAUAGUGAAAAAGGCGAUGCGCAUUGCAGCAGACUGUUGCAUUUACACCAACGAGAACGUAACCAUGGAGCAAAUUACCAUGGACGAUGAGCCAGCUUCUUCGUAA